AUGUCAUCCAUAACAAUUCCAAUGAUAACAUAGGCGCAUCGUCUUUAAAAGGACAGCUCCUUAAAUUUUAGAACUAAGUUGUAGAGCUCUCUGAGAUUGUCUGAGAAAUAUCAUUGCAAUAUUCACUUGAAGAGGGAAGAUCAACAAUAAAUCAGAGUAUUUAAGAUGAGAGGCGCAUUCAACUCUUUUAUCAGUUUAACUCAAGAACAGAGAGCAAAAGGGUUAGUGACUGUUAGUGAUGGUAAUUUUGCAGAGGCAUUUGCUUUCUUUUGCAAUCAUUUCAAAAUCAAAGGUACAUCAAUAAUGAUAAUGUUAGGAACUGUUUUUCUGCCUGAGGUGUGUUUUUAAUGGAAGAUAGAUAUAAUUUAGAAGUAUGGAAAGGAUUAUGUUGAGAUACGAAGUGUUGGAGAAUCAUUUGAUGAAGCUGAAGCAGCAGCUUAAGAAUAUAUAAAAUAACACGAUAGGAUAAUGAUACAUCCCUGUGAUAAUGUCAAAGCAAUCAUAGGGAAUGCAACAAUAGUAUAAUAAAUUGUAUUGAUUAUUAAGGGCAUAGAAAUAAUAGAAGAUUUUCGAGGAGAAGUUGAUUACGUUUUUGUGCCAGUUGGAGCAGGAGCAUUGGCAGCUGGAAUAGCAACCUACUUCAAGGCAAUGUCUCCAAAUACCAAAAUUAUUGGGGUUCAACCUGAUGGAGCAGCAUCAAUGAAAGCAUCAUUUGAUGCAAAGGAAGUUGUGACAAUAGAAAGUAUGUCUAGAUUCUGUGAUGGAUCUGCCGUAAAAACAGUACCUAAAAUUACAUUUGACAUUUGUUAACAAACUCUAGAUGAUUUGGUAGUAGUACCUGAAGGAAAAGUGAGUUCAACAAUCCUUGAAUUAUAUAAUUAGGGUAUAGCAGUGGAACCAGCAGGAGUAACAUUAUUGUAGAUAUCUUUUAGGCAUUGGCAGUUUCAGUUCUGGAUUAAUAUGCAUCAUAAAUAAAGGAUAAAAAUGUAGUCUGUUUAAUUUCUGGAGGAACAGUAGACCUCUCAAGAUUUGAUGAAUUUAAGGAGCAUUCUUUAUUGUUUGAAGGAUUGAAAUACUUCUUUUUGAUUCAACUUCCAUUUAGACCUGGCAUUCUAAAGAGUUUUGUUAGUUUGUAACUUUUGAUACAAGUAUUAGAUGUUUGGGACCAGAUGAUGAAAUUAGCCAUAUCCAAUUUUAGAAAAAGUAAAAUAGGGAAAGGGGACCAUGUUUGGUGGCUAUCGAAGUAGCCAAAAAGGAGAACAUCAAAAAGGUUAUGGAGAAUAUGACGAAAAUGCAUUUAUAAUAUGAAGUUGUAAAUGAUUCAAAGGAGUUGUUUGAUUUAUUGGUUUGA